AGAUGACAUUUCUGCAAUAAAACUUUAGGGUGGGCCUACUCAACAUUUCUGGGUUCAAGAAAAUACAACUAGACUAAAGUGGAAAAUGUCUCUGAAAUGCAGCAGCCGCAGGAGGUGGAGGAGGGGAGAGUUCCUUGAGAGAGUGUGGCGGACUGGCCGAGGUGGAAGCGCCAGUGGAAAAGAUCAAGCUCCAGGCACAAAGAGACUCUUGUUUCAGGGUCUGAUUGGCUGAGGAGCAGCCCAAAGGCUGUCUGGGAAAGAGACCCCGUAUAAAUGCUUGUAAAUGACGACUCGCUCCACACUUUGUGGUUUGCUUCUUCACCCCGCUGUGUUCUGCUGAGUCCUAAAAUGGUUAGUCGAAUUGAGCAUCCAGCAGGAGGCUAUAAGAAAAUCUUUGAGACAUGCGAAGAGCUGGCGGAGCCAAUCCCAGCACUGGUCUCAGGUGUGAUUCCGUCCUGGCUGACUGGGAGUCUGUUGCGACUGGGCCCUGGGCUCUUUGAGGUGGGCAGUGAGCCAUUCUACCACCUGUUUGAUGGCCAGGCCCUCAUGCAUAAGUUUGACCUGAAGGAUGGACACGUCACCUACUAUCGAAGGUUUGUCAGAACUGAUGCUUAUGUGCGAGCUAUGACAGAGAAACGGGUCGUCAUCACUGAGUUUGGCACUGCAGCCUAUCCAGACCCUUGUAAAAACAUCUUCUCCAGAUUCUUCACAUACUUCAAAGGCAUUGAAGUGACAGAUAACUGCCUUGUGAAUGUCUAUCCAGUUGGUGAAGACUUCUAUGCUUGCACAGAGACCAAUUACAUCACUAAAGUUGACCCUGACACAUUAGAAACCCUCAAGAAGGUGGAUCUGUGUAACUACAUCUCAGUCAAUGGUGUAACGGCCCACCCCCAUAUUGAAAAAGAUGGCACAGUCUACAAUAUGGGCAACUGUUUUGGGAAAAACAUGUCACUGGCUUAUAAUGUUAUUAAGAUCCCUCCAAUCCAGGAAGACAAAUCAGAUCCUAUUGAGAAGUCUGAAGUGAUUGUGCAGUUCCCUAGUAGUGAAAGAUUCAAGCCAUCCUACGUUCACAGCUUUGGAAUGACAGAAAACUUCUUUGUAUUUGUGGAGACUUCGGUGAAGAUAAACCUCCUGAAAUUUCUGAGUGCCUGGAGCAUCCGUGGAACAAAUUACAUGGAUUGCUUUGAGUGCAACGAAACAAUGGGUACAUGGUUUCAUGUGGCCACCAAGAAUCCCGGGGGAUACAUCGACCACAAAUUCAGGACCUCAGCUUUCAAUGUCUUCCACCACAUAAAUACGUAUGAGGACCAAGGAUUUAUUGUUGUUGAUCUCUGCACCUGGAAAGGACAUGAGUUUGUGUAUAACUACCUGUACUUGGCCAACCUGCGCCAGAACUGGGAGGAGGUCAAGAAGGAAGCCAUGAGAGCUCCCCAGCCUGAAGUGCGCAGAUACGUCCUGCCCAUCGAUGUGCACAGGGAGGAGCAGGGGAAGAAUCUAAUCUCUCUACCCUACACCACCGCCACAGCUGUUAUGCGCAGCGAUGGAACCAUUUGGCUAGAACCAGAGGUCCUUUUCUCUGCACCUCGCCAGGCCUUUGAGUUCCCCCAGAUCAACUACAGCGCACAUGGAGGGAGAGACUACACGUACGCCUACGGGCUCGGCCUGAACCACUUCAUCCCAGACAGGAUCUGCAAGCUGAAUGUCAAGUCCAAAGAAUCAUGGGUAUGGCAGGAGCCGGACUCAUACCCCUCAGAGCCACUGUUUGUGCAGAGUCCUGAGGCCACAGCAGAGGAUGACGGCGUGCUCCUGAGCAUCGUGGUGAGCCCCGGGAAGGGCCAGCAUCCAGCUUUCCUCCUCAUCCUCGACGCCAAGAACCUCACGGAGAUCGCCCGUGCCUCCGUUGAGGUCAUCAUCCCAGUGACCUUCCACGGGAUGUACAAGCCCUGAGGGAUGCAACAGCAACACGCUGACAGAGGACCGGAAGAGGAAAGGGCCAAAGAGGCAAGCUUAGUGGAGGCCCCAGUACCCACGUGGUGGGGGUGUUUAAUAGUGUAAUGUAUUGUUCCUCUUGUCAAAAAAGUACCUCUGAAAACUAAGGACCUACUUUAUUUGAAAGGCAUUAUAAAAUACAGUUCUCCCUGCAUUCCUGUGUAUGCCAUUUGUUUCAGGGAUUUUGGUUGCAUUGUUUAUAUUUCUUUUUUUACAUUUGUCAGACCUGAACUAAUAAUAGUAAAUGUAUAUAAAGAAAUACCUCAGAAAAAGAACUGAGAGGUCCCCUACGAAAAAAACACAUAAAGGAUAUGUUGAGCCUAAAGCCCAAGAUGCAUCAGAUUCAGCAAGCAGAGGGAAAUGUUUGUGGGUACUGCCUUGUUGCUUGUCUCUUCAGUUUACAUUUUAAAGGGAACAACUGAGCAUUUUUACAGAAAAAUAUUCUCAACAUACCACUAAUCGUGCUUUAUUCUCAACAUACCACUAAUAUCGUUUUGUAAUGUGUAUAAAUAAUGUGAAAUCAUUAUUGUUAAUCAUUUCUGAAUAUUUUACCUUUUAAUAUUUCAUAUUUCACCUUUAACUAUAUGGGGUGUAAUUGAAAAUGGACUGUGUAGUUUGUGUAUAUAUAGGUUUGAAUAAAAAUACCCUG